GAGCGCAGUAUGAAUAAAAUUGAUCACCUUUUCAAGACCCCUUUCUACACAAAUAUUAGGGGAUUUGUGUCAAUCAAAUGCCUGAAACUCAUUGAUGCUGAACUGACAAGAAUGCGAGCCUGCGGCGGCAGAUGCGAUUGCUUAUUGAGAGAGACUCAUGGACUACCUUGCGGUUGUCAACUUGCAGAUUAUGAGAGGAUUCCGUACGAGGCCAUUCAUCCAUUCUGGAAGAGCCUAAGUUGGGAGCAUGUACCUGUUGCAGAUACUGGCAGCUCAGAUAUUUGCGGACUAAACCAUGGAGAGAUGCACCCAGAAGUUGAGGCACUGACACGUUAUUUCCAUUCUUUGGAUACUGGAGGGCAGAGUAUGGUAAGGAGGAAGCUUCAAGCGAUAUAUUGUCCUGAAAGGAGUACACUAUGUACUCCUGAGCUUCGGAUAAAGUCCAACCGCACUCCUAAGUUGAAAGAGAGCAAACAACCCAAGGGUCGAGCAAUAGGAUCCUUGACUCGUGAUCCUUCAGCGUUUGAACUUACAGACAAGAAGAUUAAAGAGGAAAAGAAGUCUUCACAACCAGCAAAGAGGAAGAAGCGUGUGAAGAAGUCUGAUACAAGCCAUUUCAUGUGUAACUUUCCAGCCUUUCUCCAUCCAUAUAUUGGCACAAUUACAGAUGUUGAGGAUGAUGGUAACUGUGGCUAUAGAUCCAUUGCUGCAUUAAUGGGGCAUUCCGCCGGUCAGGACGGUUGGCCUUGGGUUAGGGCUACAUUGAUACAAGAACUUGAGACCAAUGUGGUAAUGUAUAAUAGGAUGUGGGGCACAGAUGUUGUUUAUGGCUUACAUAAUCGUCUCACUCUUCCUAUUGGUGACCCGGCCACCCCUGACAAAUGGUUUCAACUGCCAGAGAUGGGAUACCUUGUUGCCACAAAGUACCAAUUGGUUCUCGUAUCCUUAUCCUCUAUGGGUUGUAACACAUACUUUCCACUGAUAGGAGCCGGCCCACGAGAUGAGCAUUCUGUUAUAGCUAUUGGACAUGUGAUAAAUCACUGGGUACAGCUCCAAUUAACUCCUGGACAUCCUAUGCCGACUAUUGCUCCCUAG